GAGAGAUCGGUGCUGCUGCUGGAAGUCGGACGGCAUGAGCUCUACAUGAACCGCGUAAAAUGCUGUAAAAGACGCUGUCGGCGUUUGUGUCGCAGACUUGGGAACCGAGCGAGGACGAGCCUGAAGCGGAGCUGCUUCUUCACGACCAGGUGUAACACUGUCUUAAGCCUCAGCGGGGCAGAAUGCCGGAGCAGAGCAACGACUACCGUGUGGUGGUGUUCGGGGCAGGAGGAGUCGGGAAGAGCUCCCUGGUUCUGCGCUUUGUGAAGGGCACUUUUAGGGACACCUACAUCCCCACCGUAGAGGACACCUACCGCCAGGUGAUCAGCUGCGAUAAGAGCGUCUGCACCCUCCAGAUCACAGACACGACUGGGAGCCACCAGUUCCCGGCCAUGCAGCGUCUCUCCAUCUCCAAGGGGCACGCCUUCAUCUUGGUCUACUCCAUCACAAGCAAACAGUCCCUGGAGGAGCUCAAACCCAUCUAUCAACAGGUCUUGGCCAUAAAGGGCAAUGUUGAGGCGAUCCCCAUCAUGCUUGUGGGUAACAAGAGUGACGAGACCCAGCGAGAAGUGGAGACCAAAGACGGCGAGGCCCAAGCCAACCAGUGGAAGUGCGCCUUCAUGGAGACGUCAGCCAAGACCAACCACAAUGUCACGGAGCUCUUCCAGGAGCUCCUCAACCUGGACAAGAAGAGGAACAUGAGCCUCAACAUUGACGGCAAGCGCUCUGGGAAGCAGUCCCGCGCAGAGAGACUGAAGGGCAAGUGCAGUGUGAUGUAAAUCCCGGAGAGGAAGGGAGGGGAGGGGAUGAAAGGUGUGUGCGCGUGUGUGGAGGCAGGUGUCACUCAAAGCAAAAAUGUUUGGAUGGCAACGGGAGUUUCAGCAUCCAUAUCCUUCUCUGUUUGGGUGGUGCAAUCAUUAACACAGCGUAUAUUCAGGCUGGAGCAUACUUUCCUUUACGUUUGACUUAAUGGAGCGACAGCUGCAUGGGACGGAGUUGAGAGGGUGGAAAAACAAAACAUUUCACAUGUUUUCUCUUUCUGUUCAUGCCUUCCCUCCCUGCUCUGCUCACAACCCAAACUCUCCUUCAACAUCCCGCCCCCCCCCCGUCCUCAUAGCUACUACUAUAACUAAAAUCAUGUAGAUAUAUCGAAGUCCACAGGCUUGGCUGAGCUCCCUUAUCUGGUAAAAAACACAAUUUUCACAGACUGGCACGUCUGUCAUUCCACUGAAUUAGGGACUCAAACGUUGGAGCAUGAGCAGCAACUCAGCAAAGCAAUCAUCCCAGAGCCAUAACGGAGGAUUCUGCUGUAAAUAAACACGGAGUAUGUAAAUGUAUAUCAUUCAAACCUCCUAAUACACCACCCCAACUGGCAUAUCGGUCAGAGAAAUAGAGUCUGAAUCUCCAGCAUCAAAAUUUAAAUUUGAGGCUGGUUGGAGGAAAAACUCAUCCAUUUUCUCAUCGUAUUGUUCCACCUUAUUGAUUACAAAAAAUAAAAAAGACCCACCUUUACACUUAUUCCACUGUCUUUAUGUAAAAACAAAAAACUCACCCUUCUAAAUGUCUGGUUCAAGGAGGCAUCCAGUGGCGGGGUCUGCCCACAACGAUACAACGCAACAAUCCUUUUAAGACUCUCAUCAAGCGUAGAAAAACUGAACAGAAGGCAUCUGAGCUCUCAUCUGCCUUGUCAGCAAAGAUGGUGCACUUGGAUUAUUGUUGCCAAACUGGUGAAAACAGGGGACUUUUGGUCCCGACGUGGAGAAUCUCAGCUUUGCUCGGCACUUUUCAUGUCAAAGUCUAUAAAUGCCUUUUGUUUCUUGUUUGUUUGCUUUCUAAUGCUCAAUCGAUUUCUGUACAUUCAACAAGAAGCACACAGAAAGAAGAAGGGGUUAAAGUAACGCAUGCAUAUUAUUCAGUGAAUUGCUGUUCUGUUUUCUCUGUGGCUGGUUUGGUUGCAUUACCUCUCACACGUUUACAUUUAAUCAGGCGUCAUUGGAAACAGAAUGGACACAGAAAGGCAACGCAUGUUCACAGAUACACUCAACUAAGAGUAAAAAAAAAAGAGAAAACACAUAUAUAGCUCUCGUUGUUAACGUUGACUAACUACGUGAAGACAAACAGGACUUACUCAGCCUAAAUGCCCUCACAUUGCACUUUAUACCAUAAAUACAUUCACAACUUUUAAUUUGCAUUGUUUUUAACUGCAUUACUGAAUAGCUGAUAUGCUCUUCUGUGUGUCAGAAGUGCAUAUAAACACACUAUUAUUCAUGCUGGAGCUCUUAAAGUUAUACAGGACGGCUAAAAGCACAAUACUUUUUUACCAACAUGUUUAUCUGUGCAUUUUUGUCUUAUUUUUUAUAUAUAUAUUUUGCCUUUUUUUGUGCAAUUUCAGUCUUUAACAUCUAUUCACCAGACGUGAACCUGGGAGAGCAAUUACGUCAUGGUCAAAGGAAGGUCUCAGUUUUUUUUUAUUAUUAUUAUUAUUAUCAUUAGUUUGGUCUGGUACAUGGCACAACAAGGUUGUGGUUCUGCUGAACAACAGGGUAUCGUGACGUGACCGGUUGGCUGUGUUCGCAAAAUGUGAUGUAAUCCCGGCAGGGCGGCAGGGUGCCGAGGAGUUUCCGAUUAUUUGUCCACUUUUCUCCAUUUCUCAGGAGGUUUUAACAACAAUUUGUGUGGAGGAUAAUCAGCUUCUGUACUGUUAAAUGCAAAGACGCAGACGACUAACCCCCUUUUAACUGUGUCUGUCUUUCUGACAACAACAACAACAAAAAAGAAAAAGAAAACAGCAAAAGCACAGCAAAUGUUCUUGUCUGUGUCCCUCUGUGUCUUCACGUGUGCAGCAGGAUCAUCAACUGGGCACUUUAGGGUGACAUUUUACUUGAAGACUUGCUUAUUAAUUAGCAGUUCUUCAUUUGUAAGCCCCGUGUAAAAUGUCCUGCUUACAUAAUUCAUGUUUUCAGAUCAUCAAUAAACUAUUCCAGGUGUGUAGCUAUUGUAAAUGAGCAUAUUGAUAUCUUAAAGAGCUUCAAGUAAGAUGUUACCCAUGUAAGGAGAUACUGUAAACACUGUCUUUCUGGGAAGAAGUCCUUUGUAACCAGGAAAUGUUGCUACAGUUAAGGUUCACUGUUGCUAUGUACUGUAAUAUACAGCUUAAUAAUAAUCCUCAUGAUAUCUCGUAUUUUACACGUUCACUCUUCAGAUCUAUUAGUGACAGAAUACUAGCAAAAUGUGAAUAUGUAACUAAAGGGUCCACUUCAUUGCUGUUAAUUCUUUUGUUUCUGAAUGAAUCCAUUGUUAUAUGAUGUGUUGUACUUUGCACAAAAUGUGAGGUCCUGUUGAACUCCAAAAUCUACAUUGUAAACAUGCCCUUUACCUGUUAGAUGCCAGGGAUGAUCUCUCACACUCUUUUAUUCUCUUCUUGCGUGUGUGUGAGUGUGCGUUUGAAACGGAUAUGAUUUAAAUCACAUUUCAACAUUUGUUUAAGUUUUUAUAUUAUAUAUAUAUAUAUUAUGAUGCCAGAUAGAGUAAAUACAGCUUACACUGCAUGAAGUGGCCGUCAGAAGCAUUAAACAUAAAAAAAGAAAAAAAAAAGAUGAUCUGUAAUGAUUUUUCUGGCCCGGCUCAGCUCUGAUCUGAUGUACUACCGACAGUAGUGCACAUACUGCAUAAAUAUCAUCUCGGCUGCGCUUCUGCUCGCGUCACGUAAAUCCCAGAUUGCGUGCAAUCUGCUGCUCUGCUGACGUUAAUGGGGAGGCCGUCGUUGCUCAUGUCCCCGCAUGGACCAUGAGGAAAAACAAGGAGACGGCAUGUGAGAGUGGUGUGGACGACAACAGAGCUGGGCUAUUAAUGGACGUGGUAUGAAAACAUGAAGUUGCGCCGGCCGUGGCCUCGAUAAGAGCCAACUGAGAUGGCGUGGAGGACUCUUUGUAAAAAAGAUGACGUGCAUGCAGGGCGUCUGAGCAUCUGUUGAGUUUGUGGACUGUGCGUUAAAUGCUGGCAGGAAUCAGGACAGUCACCUCUGCCCCCUCCGCCCAUGGCUUGUCUCAUCUCAUUUGCCGGUGAAGCUUGUAUGUGCACAUUAAGCCACUCUUUUGCAUUAUUUCACUCUGGCCUACAUUAACUGUGUGUGUGUGUGUGUGUGUGUGUGUGUGUGUGUGUGUGUGUGUGUGUGUGUGUGUGUGUGUGUGUGUGUGUGUGUGUGUGUAGUUGUUGUUUCUUGCUGUACCAUCUAACGAAAUGUAUGUCAGAUGUUUGACGUUUUCCUGUGGAGAAUACACGUUCAGGAUCGCUCACCUUGCACAACACACACACUAUUAUGACACACACACAAGCUUACAAGUACCAUCCGCACAUUCCUGGUUAGAAUUAGUUCCGCUCUUGAAAAGUCGCAUAGAACACAAAUAUCUUCGGAAAUACCUUAAAAAUGUGUUCUAACGAUAUUUGCACUAAUUAAAUGAGCUAUGUGGGGAAAUAUAAAACUCAGCCAAAACAUGUAGCUCAUGUUUGAGCACAGAUUUUUGGCACCCUUUGAAUUAACUUGAAUUGAACAAUUAAAGGUAGGGUAAGCAAUUCUGCAUGACUUUUAACCCAGUGGUUUUUUUCAGCACCUUCAGUGAAUAUCACCUAACUAUUCCCCAGCUAUCAAUCUUGUUAAUCUCUCUCUGUCUCUUUUUUUCACUGGCCUUAACACAGCCCUGGAUCUGAAAACUAAAACUGCCCCCCCUCCCACACACACACGCACACGCACACACACACACACACACCACACACACACACAAAUCCCCAAAUCUCUUACUUUGUCUUAAAGAGAGGCACAAAAAAGUAGCACUCUGAAAAAAAGAAGUCAGUGAUAAGCAACUGUCUAUGAAAUGAUUCGUAUUCAUGUGCCUGCUACUAGGUUGAUGAAGACAUUAGCCCCGGUAAGACACGGUAGUGGUUGUAUCAUGCUGCGUGAAUGUUUUUCUGCUUCUGUGCAGUGCAGAAAGUGAAUGUAUCAAAUGAGUGCUGAGUAGCAUGAAACAGUAAUGGGUCAGGAGUUCUGACCAAAAUCCCACUGAACACCAGAGAUCUUAAAUCAACCCCUGCAACACAGACUCCUUUCAACAGCUUGAUGACAUAGUGGUGGAUCAGAGACAGAAACUUAAAAAAAACAACAAGAGGAGAAGAGAAAUUGCUUUUAAUAAAGGUUCUGUGACCAAACAUUACAGUUUCAAUUAAUGUGAGCCUUUCAUCUUUUGUUUACAUUCAUUAUUAUACUAAAAGGAAACCUUUGAGGCUGACGAUCGAUAAUUGCAUCGUUACGAUGAUGCACAAGGGUUUUAUUUGCAUGACUGCUUCAAGAUAAGGCUUACAGAUCAUAAUUCUAACCAGGAUUGUAAAGCAGGUGGGGAGUUAAAACAAACAUUUGGACAAACACUUCUCACACAGAUAUGUUCACUGAAGUCUUGUUUGCUCACUAGCUAUUUUUUCACUUCAUGUCAGCAAUACUUCAUAAAAAUCUACUUCAUAGCCUUUAAACUCUUGAGCUCCUUUCACAUUUCAUCUCAUGUUGGGGUUUUUUUUGUGCAUUUGUUUGUCGUUGAACAGACUGAAAUCCGUCCCUGUUCACAUCUGAUUGUAGAUAGUUGUAAAUAUUGUCCAAAGGGUUUAAUAUUUCAUAGAUGCGAGAGGAGAGCGUGUAGCGUGAGGGAUUCUGCAGUCUUCUCUUUUAGUCAAUCCAUCCGAUCAGAAGAUGGCACCAGUAAAAGACGAUCUUCUUUUGAAAACUGCUUUUGCUUUUGGGGUUUGCUGUGGUUUUCCAAGCCAGAAAAAGAACUUCAGGCAAUGAAAUCUAUGGAGACCUAAAAUGUUAGCACUUGAUGAGCAAAUAAAAUUCUUCACGAGACUGUAAUUCAGUUAAUAGUCAACAUUAAGAGAAAAUUAUUUAAAAUCCUGUCACACUUCUUUACACAAAUAGGUUUUUACUGUAGGUGAGUCAUUAAAUAUUAAAAUCGUGCUUUUCCCUAAAACAGUCUUUAUUUAUCAAUAUAUUUAUAUUUUAAUUAUAUAACUGCUUCAAAUUUCAGUCUUAAAUACUUGAAGGGAUUAUGUCAUUAUAUCCACUGAACCGAAUGAGCACGUGUGUGUAACAGUUUGGGCCUUCAUAGACCGUCUCCUUGGCAGCACACAGGUUUUCAUAGGAGCAGCUGAAGAUGUUUUCAUCCACCUGUCAGGUAACAGGGUACCUACUCGUAACGUUUGCUAAAGGGUCUUGUUCUGCAGAGGGAAUGCUGCUCACGUGGGUUUUGAAAUGGUGUAAAACUGACAGAAAAAGGAGUCACCAGAACAGUAAUACAAUAAUAAAGUUUCUGAGCCGAGGCUCAUUUCCAUUGACAGGUUUCAGUCCUGUCGAGUCGCUUUUCUUGUCACGGGGUCUGAAGAAAAUCAGUGCUGGAGGACCGAAAUAGAGAAACACUCCCACUGACCCUGCUGACCUCUCUCGCUCGGCCCCGACCAUCGUCGUGUCCGAUCGCCUCAGAUCCUCACAGGCAGUUUUCUUUUCUUUUUCUUUGCAGACAGGACAUGUAAAGCGGUAACAUGUGGACUUUGUGAGUAAUGUAGUUUGGUACUAUCUUGUUGCCCUGGCCCCCUCAUUCCUGCAUGGUCCCUCUCGGUGUUCCGGCCAGCAUGAGAUCAAGGACACAAACUGUGAAUCAUCUUUGUAUUUUUUAAAGAAAUUCUUCAGCAGCAUAUAUGACUUUGAUUUGGCAAAUGGUUUAUUUCUUUGUAGUGUUUAUUGUUUUUGUAAAUGUUUCUCUUGGUUUAUUUCGUUUUUUUCUCUUUUGGGACUUUCUUUGUUAUAAUUUUAUUUAACUAAGUAUAAUGUACAGAUAUUUAUUCUAGCAAUAGUCUUCCUAUUAAGAUAUACUGUGCUGAUGCAUCUUCUGAAUAAUGGA